GAGGGAGGAGGAAGGAGGCAGCAUGGCGGCGGCUGGACCGGGCGCUGCGGGCACCGCGCGGGUGUCGAGCGGGCGGGAGUUGGGCUGCGUGCCGGAGGUGGCGGCGGCGCUGGGGGCGGUGGCCCGGCAGGGGUUCGAUUUUCUCUGCGCUCCGCUUUUCCAUCCCCGUCACCGCCGCGAGUUUCGGCUGCUGCCCGCCAAGGAGCGGCCCGGCCCGCAGACCCGAUCCGACCUGCUGCUGGCCGGGAGGGACUGGAACACGCUGAUCGUGGGCAAGGUGUCCCCAUGGAUCCGACCCGAUUCCCCCCUGGAGGCCGUGAGGCGCAACUCGGAAGCGGCCCUGCAGCAGGAGUUGGACUUCGCCGCCUACCUGGGGGUCCCGGCGGUGCUGCUGUCCCUGCGGGGGCCGCACUGCCCCAAUUUGGCACGGGGUCUCUGUGCCCACCUGCAGGGGGCGCCACACGGGGCUGCGGUGUGGGUCCGCGUGCCGCUGCUGGCGCCUGAGGACGGGCGUGAAGACGUGAUCGCUAACGAGGAGCUCGUUAACGAGGGCGACGGGCGGCAGGAGGAGCGCACGUGGCAUUGGUGGCACAACUUCCGGACACUGUGCGACUACAACAAGAGAGUGGGGCUGGCACUGGAGGUGGGCCCGGAUUUGCCGUCGGCGGAGGCCAUCGACCGCUGGUUGGGGGAGCCCCUGCGGGCGGCCAUAUUGCCCACCAGCAUCUUCCUCACCAACAAGAAGGGCUUCCCCGUCCUGUCCCGGCCGCACCAGCGUCUGCUGGGCCGAUUGCUCAAGCUGGAGGUGCAGGUGGUGCUGUGGGGCGCCCCACACCACGAGCCCAAGCCGCUCAGCGCCUACCUGCAGUACCUGGAGCAUGUGGGGCAGAACCGACCCCCGCCCUCCGCCUAUGAGCUGUUUGCCCGCGGCUACGAGGACUACCUGCAGUGCCCCCUACAGCCCCUGAUGGACAACCUGGAGUCGCAGACGUACGAGGUGUUCGAGAAGGACCCAAUCAAAUACAGCCAAUACCAGCAGGCUAUUUAUAAGUGCCUGCUGGACCGCGUCCCCGAGGAGGAGAAGGAAACCAACGUGCAGGUGGUGCUGGUGCUGGGCGCGGGGCGCGGCCCGUUGGUGAACGCCGCGCUGAGGGCCGCCCGGAUGGCGCAGCGCCGCAUCAGAGUGUACGCCGUGGAGAAGAACCCCAACGCCGUCGUCACGCCCCCCCUGACCCCCCGCAGGCUGCAGAGCUGGCAGUACGAGGAGUGGGGCUCUCAGGUGUCGGUGGUGCCGCGGGACAUGCGGGAGUGGCGCCCCCCGGAGGCGGCGGACCUUCUGGUGUCGGAGCUGCUGGGCUCCUUCGGGGACAACGAGUUGGCGCCCGAGUGCCUCGAUGGGGCACAGCCCUGCCUCAAAGAGGGGGGUGUGAGCAUCCCGUGCUCCUACACGUCGUUCCUGGCCCCGCUGUCCUCCUCCAAGCUGUACAAUGAGGUGCGCGGCUGCAGGGAGCGCGACCGCCAUCCCGAGGCGCAGUUCGAGACGCCGUACGUGGUGCGGCUGCAUAACUUCCACCAGUUGGCGGCGCCGCAGCCGUGCUUCACCUUCCGGCACCCCAAGCCAGACCCGUCGGAGGACAACAGCCGUUACCGGGUGCUGUCCUUCCCGGUGGGCGUCACCACGGCCCUGCACGGCUUCGCCGGCUACUUCGAGACCACCCUAUACGCGGACGUCACCCUCAGUAUCCGCCCAGAGACGCACUCCCCCGGGAUGUUCUCCUGGUUCCCCAUCUUCUUCCCAUUGAAGCAACCAAUGGCGGUGCAGGCGGGGCAGAGAGUGGUGCUGUCGUUCUGGCGCCGGGCGGCCCCGCAGAAGGUGUGGUACGAAUGGGCCGUGACGGAGCCGCGCUGUUCCGCCCUCCACAACCCGGCCGGCCGCUCCUACACCAUCGGCCUCUGAGCAAUAAACGCUGCGCCGCCGCAACGCCUUCCGCCCAA